AUGUCGGAUGUUGCUGGACUUUGCAGCAACACAGCCGAGUGUAUGACUGACUUCCAUGUGAAUCUCUACGCGCUGUCACCAUUCAUAGUGCAUAUGUUGCUUCGCCAGCAAUGCUCACCGCCUACUUCGGACAAGACAAUCCAGGAGGCAAGCCAUGGAAUACAGAUGGACAUCUUGCGCACGAAAUUUUCCACAGAAAACUCAUGGGAUAUGAAAGAAGGCGACUUGAGUCGAGACGCUCUUCUUCCUCGCAUAGUUUCUGGUGAGUUCCAUGUGAUCUUCAACCCCGUGGCAUUUCACGAGUGCCAUGGUGUUCCAUACGAAGGCCGAGCCGAUCUAUUACAUCGCAUCAUGAAUGGCUCACAGCACCAGUAUAUGGUCAAGGUUGUGGCAAGCACCAAAGCUUUGCGCCCGCAGAUUGUCAUGAAAGCACUGUUUUGUCAUCAUGUGCUUUCAUUGAUGUUGGGCAAGGACAGCGGGAAGCUGCACAAGACCGUGGCAGUGGUUCUGAGCGACGCUUCAGAGAGCGAAAUUGAUACUGGUGAUCAUCAGAAAGUCCUCGAAUCGCAAUGUGCGGAACUUCGAAAGCUUUGGAAGAGCUCUGAAACCCCAAAGCCUUCUGGACAAGACUUACGGUUGAGCCGGAACUUUGCGCGGAUUGCAUACAGGCGUUUGUUGGACGAAGAUAGCAUCGAACUGAUCUCCUUCUUGAAGCCCAACCAGAAACGUCAGAUGCGCAAGCGUGGACUUGGAACUCUGAGCGCUCUCCGCCGAGCAACUUUCGAGCAAAUGAAAGACUUUAUGUCGGAGAAGGUGUUUCACAGGGCACAUCGUCAUGCAAAGCUUCUGGUGGACGAGACCAAGGACUUCUGCCACGUUGAAGGCAAUCAUCACCCUCUACGUGAAGACCUCAAAAGUGUCAUUGGACCGUCACCUCUUGUGGCAGAUGUCAUUGCUGGACCCGAGCCUUCGCUCAACACAUUUCUCUUGGGCCAUCGUGAUGGGCGCUGUGAGAUUUUUCAUUCGCAGGACGUGCAUCUCUUUGUACAGAAGAUCAUGGCUUGCACAGAGGUUUACUACUUUGGCACGGAAGUCUACAGCCAGAUCUUGCAAUAUUGCCUUGUGGUGAACAGAGCAGAUCUGGCCGGGAGGAUUGUGGAGGGCAUCUUUCUUCGUUCGUGGAUCGACCUUCAGCAGAGACUCGCUGGAAGCCUGUGCAACAAAUCCGGUGAGUCUCUGGAGGACUUUUGUGCAAAUCUGACGAGCAUCAGCACGGACGUUCUGGAUACUCUUUACACGCUGCCGUUCCUGGUGGAGUGUUCAAGAAGCCCUCGGCUCCCGGCCAAUCAGCAACAGGAUGUCGAGACGAAACUCCAGACACGGGCAGGUUGGAAGAUCGAUGCCUUGCAACAACUGGCACUGUGGUGCCAGAGAAAUCUGAGGGCCAGCCAGGGCCUUCCAAGUGCUGCUGGAAAUCCAUUUGUGAAGGAUUUGUUGGGCGUUUGCCAGAAAUUCCAGCGGGGCAUCUCAUCAUUGAAUCAAGGUGGAUGGCCUGAUGACGUUUGGAGGAUGGCACAAAAAUGGCCCGACUAUUACAAACACGAUCUGUUUUGGAAGCUGAUGGAUGCCAUCGAGCUCUUUGCUUCCUCCGAGGAUGAGUGGACAGCACACGUGCUGUGCUUGUCUGGCCUCGAGAGAGCUAGGGAUGAUGUGCGGCCCAGAGUGUCUCGUGAGGGGCGAUUCGAGGUGGUAGCAUUGGAGUUGGAAUAUUUGUGGAAGUUAGAUCAGGAGACAACGAUCAAGGAGAAGGAUGAGGUUUUCAUUAAAGAAGAUCCCUCGCUCAAAGGCAAAGUGGUGAAGAUUGAGAACUUUGGAGUUGGUUCAUCCAAAGUUGUGCUGCUCUUUGACACGAAAUUCAGGAAGAACGACAACUUGAUGAACCUUUUGCAACCCGGCCUGAAACGAAUUUCCAUCAUGCAAGGACAAUUCUCCCUCCUGAAUGGUGAGAACAUCAUGACCAGGGCAGUGGAGCAGGAGUUGCUGGAGAUUGCGAGUUUGCCAUGGACUUACCUGCAGCCCAGCUUCCGCCACUUCCUUCUCCGCCAGCCCGUGAGCGCUUCUCCAAUCGAAGAGGCCAAUGCGGAGGAGAAGGUGCGCAACCUCCAGGAUCAGUACUUCAUCAUCCAGGGUCCACCUGGGACAGGAAAGACGUAUACAUCGGCCAAACUCAUUCAGCAUUUGAGACUGAAUUCGCGUUCUGCCAAAAUCAUCGUCUCCUCCAACAGUCACCGCGCUAUCAGGAACCUGCUCAGCACCAUCAGUGCUUUCCAGUUGCCCGUGGCCAAAGUUUUGGGCAACGAUGAGACGCCUGAGGAACUUCGGGCUGAAGGAAUCAGCUCCGUACAAAAUGAGAAGAUGAUCGGAUUUCCCAUUGGUGCUGCCGUUUUGGGCGGCACGGCCUCUCUGCUGAUGAAGCUCGUGGGAAACUGUGAGUACCUCUUCGUGGACGAGGCCGGCCAGGUGACAAUGGAACUUCUGGCGGUGCUGGCACGCAAGGCGCAGAACCUGCUGCUGGUUGGAGAUCAGCAGCAGUUGCCUCCGCCAGUCUCGCAGAAGCUUGUGAUGACCAAAGCUGGUGGCAUGAGUUGCCUGGAAUAUUUCACACAGGGGGCUGCAUGCAUUGACAACCACUGCGGUCUUUUCCUACCCACGACCUAUCGCAUGAGUGCGCAAUUGACCCAGGUGAUAUCCCACAACUUCUAUGCAGACAGUCUCCGAGCCUUCGUGAAGAAUGCUGGCAACCGAGUGGUCUUCAAACAACGUGGCCUUUUGCAGGUCGACAGCGGUGCCGAGUUCAUUUCUGUGGACCAUGAGGGCAACUUGCAGUCUUCGCAGGAAGAGUGCGAGAUUGUGCGCUCCGUGGUGGAGCAGCUCCUGCUUUGCGAUGUUGUGUUGGAUGAAGCCCGUCUGCGAAGUUUGACCCCUGCGGAUAUCAUCAUCGUUUGUCCCUACAAUGCGCAAGUGGUGAUGAUCAGGUCAGUUCUGGCGCGCUCGCCGAAUCCCAUGGCCAAACAGAUUCGUGUCGGCUCCGUGGAUCUUUUCCAAGGCCAGCAGGCAGCUGUUGCCAUUACCUCCCUUGGUUCGAGUUCUGGUGUUGGUGGACGCCUCUUAUUUGUGCUGGACCCCAAGAGGACAAAUGUGGCGUUGUCCCGAGCCAGGGCUUUGUCGAUCAUGGUUGGUAGCCCCACUUUGGGGAAGUGCCGUGUUGAGACCGGAGAGGAAAUGGAGAUCCAGAACCGUUUCGUGAAAUGGGUGAAUCAUGGUUUUUAGCGGCUUAUGAUGGCUUUGCCCCACAUCUUUCAAGCGUUUUGGCUUCAGGACCUGAAGUUCUAUCCCUUGAAAGACAAACCCUGUUCGCUGCCACAAUGGCUGCGGCAGCUCCUAUUUUUAUAGCAGCUAUGUUCAUUUGGCGAAAUUUAUUGUUGUGGCUGCUCGGUUCGUGAGUCAGUCUCAGUUCUCAUGUGGACUAUCUUUGCAGCCGAGCUGCGCAUCGCAGAUUUUAAGACUGGAUAGACCCAGAAAGCGCAUGAAAGCGCCAGAUUUACCUGGAAUAAA